AGGAGGCCGAGCGGAAGGAGAAGGAGCGCGAGGAACGGCAGCGCAGAAAACAGGAGGAGGAGGCGCAGAAGAAGAAGGACCGGACGCCGAAGAGAGGGAGCGACAGAAGAAGCUGGAGGAGAAGCAGGCCAAGAAGGCUGCGAAGGAGAAGGCAAAGGAGGACGCCAAGCUCAUGGGAAUGCCCGCAAAGAAGGAUAAAAAGUCUCAGGACGAGGAUGUCAGCGAGGACCCACGGGAUCGUGUUCGCGAGUUCGCGGAGAAGUGCUCUGCCCUAGUAGAUGGUGGCUCCGAGAAGAAGGUCGAAGCCCUCGCAAAGGAUGUCACCGAUAUUCUGACAGAGAAGGAGCUGGAAACCGUCACGCCCAUCAGCCGCCUGCUGGACGUCCUCCUGAGGCAUUGCCGCCUCAAGGAGGACGACUUCGUGAUCGAUGCUGGUCCGCGGAUUCGCGCCAGUCCUCAAUGCCCUUAUCAAGCAGGCCAACGUGCACCGCUUCAAGGUGAAGGUCCUGUGCGAGGCGCAGCGCCUCGCCUACGAGAUGGGCCUCCCGCGCCUGUCGCCGGCCUCGGCCCUGAUCGAGGUGUUCUUCGACGCCCUCUACAGGGCAGAGAUCGUCGAAGAGGAGUACUUCGAGUGGUGGUCGAUCAGCAACGACGACACCCCGGGGAAGACCAGCGCGAUGUUCCAGAUCAACCCCUUCCUCGACUGGCUGCGCGAGGCCAAGCUGGAGGGCGAGUCGUCGUCCUCCGACAGCGGGGAGGGCUCGGAGGGCUCGGACAGCGACGCCGAGUCCGACGACGGCGACGUGGACAACGAGUACACCAAGAGGGCCAACUACCGCUGAGGGGCUCCGCGCGCCGCCGCGGCCGCAGCGACAGCCGGGGGGGGGCGCCGCACCCUCGCCCCUGCUCCCUGCAGCCUCCUCGCCCUCCCCAUCCUUUUGAUGGGGAUGCGGAGGAAGGCCAUGAGGACCUG